UCCUGUAAAUAUCGCGAGAAUUGAAGCAGGGCGAGAAGACGGCUUCAGUCAAGGCAUAGCAGUCAUCAUAUUUAGCAACAACAACAAAAACAGCAGCGACAGAGAAAAGCUUUGAGGAGAAUGGUUGUUCUGCGGCGCUGACGGGCUGGAUGCCGAUGUUUGCGGCCCUCUCAGCCGCAGAUGAGACGCCAGGCCGGGAUGAACAGCAUGCGGCCUCGGCUCUCUGGACGUCCAUCAGCCUGUGAAGAUGAGGCAGAUUUCUUAGCUCUGCUGCGCGUUUGAGGAACUUGUUCUCCUGCUGGAACAGAGCUGUUAUCAACCCUGAGAAGAUGAUGUGAGACGCAGCCGAGCUGCGAACUGCUGAAAGCGGCGGCGUCUGGGUCCAGCUGCGGUCUCUGCGGCUUCACGCCCGGCUUCACGCCCGGCUUCACGCCCGGCUUCACGCCCGGCUUCACGCCCGGCUUCACGCCCGGCUGUCAAUGAGCAGACAGAUGUGCUGCGGACAUUUGCUCCAGCUGUGCCACCACUUCUGCUCUUCUUGUUCUCGUCUGAAGAGAUUCGACUGAACUGAGUCCCAAACAUUUCAGGAUGAACGGCUCUCUGCUAACCCCGCCCAGCCCGCGGGCCGCUAACUCCUCCCCUCUGCCCCCGUCGCCCUCACCGUCUCCCUCCCCACCGUCCCCCUCCCUGCUACCUUUGUCCUCCAGACCCCCCCCUCUCCCCCCGCUGGUGAGCCCGCCGCCCCAGGCGCCCCCGUCCUCCCUGUCCGACACCCCCACGCCGUCCCCCUCCCCGUCCCUGAGCUGGACUGAGUUCUGCGAGCUCCACGCUCGCGUCGCAGCCGGCGACUUUGCGCGCCACUUCCGGGCGUUUCUCCAGGAAAACCCGCACUACAGCACAGACUCGGCGGCGGCCUUCUGCCGGCGCUUCACCGACCGCUUCAUCCGCCACUUCCAGACGGAGCUGGAGGGGCCGCUGCCGGCGAGCUGCGCCCCGGGGCGCGACGACACGGUGAGCUGGGCUCCCCCGUCAGACGCCACCUCUCUGGAAGAGGAGGCGGUCUCGCCCCUGUCGGGGACCGGCGGGGCGGUCCUCCCGUGCCCCCCCUCCGGCACGCCGCGGGUGGCGUCCAGGCCGGCGCCGGCCCGCCUGGUGCUGGAGAGCCGCGGCGGCGACCGCUUUCAGGACUCCUACGCCCAGGGCCAGGUGCUGCCCCCGUCCUCUUCGUCGUCGUGCUGCUCCUCGGUGGGGGGGAACAACGGGCGGCGGGAGGAGAGGGGCGCCGUGCUCGGCCCCGGGAACGGAGACGCUCCGGUGGAGGAAGAGGAGGACGGCUGGCUCGGGGCGGCUUCGGCGGGGGAAGGCGUGGAGCAGGAAGAGGAGGAAGCGGAGUCGUGCGAGGCGGAUCACGCCCCCCAUCUUCUCCCCUCCUCCAGCACUCCUCCGCCCGACUCCAAAGGCAACGGCACGCCCACCUCCAAGAGCAAGCUGAAGAAGCGCUUCUCUCUGCGCAGCGUGGGGCGCAGCGUGCGCGGCAGCGUGCGCGGCAUCCUGCACUGGAGGAGCUCCUCCAGCGACGCCGCUCAGAACCAGCUGCCCUCCAGCUACAGCUACACCAUGGGCGUCCACGACUCCGCCCCCGCCAAGAGGAGCUCCGCCACACAGCCCCCCACCCCCACCUCCUCCAUGCCCGUGUCCCUGUCCAUGCCCCUCUCCCUUCCGCACUCCUCCUCCUCCUCCCUGCCUCCCUCCUCCUCCAGCAGCGCCACCUCCCUGUCCGUGUCCGAGGCCGCCCGCGACCGCCGGCGAAGCAACGGCGAAGGAGGCGAGAAGGACAAGUGGAGCCAUCGUCUGGAGAAGCUCCGGCUGUCCCGCUCGCCGCCCCCCCUCCUCACCCAGAGCCCUCACCCCGGCUCCAACUCGCUCCCCCCGAGCAGCGCCGGCGCCGUGGGUCCCCCCAGGAAGGUGGGCCGGCUGGUGCGGGAGGGCGGGGUGAGCGUCAGCUCCUCCAGCGACGAGUUGGGGGGGAACCACGUGUUCUCGGGCUUCUCCUUCGGCCUGCUGCACCACGGCGCAGAGAGCGGCGGCUCGGCCGCGCCGGCCCAGACGGCGCCGGUCCAGCCCCUGGCCAGCGGAGGGAACGUUCCCUGGAGGGGGGGCCGCUGGCACAAGUGCCGUCUGGUUCUGAGAGAGCGGGACCGGGAGGGCGCCGAGCGGGGAGAGGAGUACUACCUGGAGUUCUUCAUCCCGCCAAAGUCCUCCAAGCCUCGGCUGACCGUCCCCUGCUGCUCCAUCGUGGACGUGAGGAGCACCACGGCCCUGGAGGUCCCCGACAAGGAGAACACCUUCCUGCUGCAGCUGGAGGGCUCGGCCCAGUACGUGAUCGAGACUCGAGACGCGGUUCAGAUGAGAGCCUGGCUCAGCGACAUCAGGAACGCCAUCUGUCUCAGUGAGCAGGAGGACGCUGAAGGUGUGUGCGCUGCUUCCAUGGACAUCAGCGGGACGCCGGAGACCGCCGACCGCCUCUCCCAGGUCUGCUACGGGGGAAUCGGAGGCUCCUCCCCUCUGAUGGACCCGCUCCCUCCAGAACUUCCUCCUCGAGCUCCACUGGACGAACCGGACGGCAGGAACUUCGGGGGAGGCGGGGCUAGUGUGGGCACGCCUUUGGCGGAGACGCCCGACGCGACAGGGUCGUUCCUCUUCUCUGAGGUGGGGCCGGCGGAGGCGGUGGAGCACCCGCUCAGCGAGUGCCAGUGGUUCCACGGCACGCUGUCGCGCCUCAAGGCCGCCCAGCUGGUUCUGGCCGGAGGCCCGGCGAGCCACGGCGUGUUCCUGGUGCGGCAGAGCGAGACGCGGCGGGGCGAGUACGUCCUCACCUUCAACUUCCAGGGAAAGGCCAAGCACCUCCGUCUGUCCCUGAACGAGGACGGCCAGUGCCGGGUGCAGCACCUCUGGUUCCAGUCCAUCUUCGACAUGUUGGAGCACUUCCGGGUGCACCCCAUCCCCCUGGAGUCCGGCGGCGCCUCUGAUGUCACGCUCAUCAGCUUCGUUGGAGCCACCGCCGUCCGACAGCCAGACUCGACCAGCAGACCCCGUAGUCCACCUCAGCCUCCUCCGCUGCCACCGGGGCGCCCGCCGCCACCGACCCCGCCCCAGGAGAGGGGAACUGAGGCGGACCCGGCGGGAGGAGGAGGACCGCCCCUGGGAACGCCCGCCGCAGCGGGGGGAGCAGGAAGUGGGGCAGGAAGUGGAGGCAGCGGGGGUGGUAGCGGGGGAGGAGUGGAGGACUGGGAGGAGAGGGACACGCCCCUCCGCCAGCUGGAGGCCGGGGAGGGCGAGGAGCGGGACGGGGCGAGGGCUCCUCGCGCCAUCGAUAACCAGUACUCCUUCUUCUGAGGAGGAGGUCCAUCAGAACCGCUCACAGCCAUCGCUUUGAUCUGCGGCGGUCGCUAACACUAAUUGGGACGGAGCCAGGAGCACCUUCAACACUAACGAGCAGUACAUUUCUUUACCUGCAGUCCGAUAAGCUUUGGGUUCUUACCGGUCCGCCUCACAGAACUCUCUGGAUCCUGCGUGUCAGAACCGGAGCCAAUACCUCACGGUGGUCCCGCCCAGACGGCCAAACACACACGCUACACGCGGUUCUACUGCAGAACGCAGACCCGAAACCUUACACCGCCCCCGGUACCGGAGCCAGUCCUCACCCCGACUCCUGGUCCAGACCUCCCUGCAGCCUCUUCAAGUUCUCCAGAGCUUUCCUUUGGACUUUCAGUUCCAGAACCCGGCCGUUUUCAGAACCACUACAACCUGUUAAUCAGGGAGGAGGUUCCUAAACCAAGCAGAUGAAAUGGAGUCGGGUCUAAACUGGAUCUUCAGGCGUUUAGUUACCAGCAGCUUUUCUCAGAACCAUGUUCAGUUCUUUAGUUGGAUCUCUGGAAUAUCCCAAAGAAAACCCAGUUUCACUGUCAGAACCUGGGAGGUGAUGUGUCAGAACCCAGGUUCUGAAGCAUCAGGGCUCUGACACCAGGAUGCUCCUCAUCUCCUUUAGAUCCUUUUUUUUAGGCCCGACCCGCUUCACUGCUAGCUGAGACGUCUGGUUCUGGACCAGGAGAUGGAUCUCUCCAGAUUUCUCAGCUAACAGCCAGAGGACUGGACUGCUUUCGUCUGGCGUUCUCAUAGUCCGGACCCGGUGUUGGUUCUGAAACGGCAGAUCUAAGCCACCGAGCAGCAGAUGAGGAAGGAGACCUGGACCCGUCUCCUCGGCCCGGUUCUGUCUCUUCCCAGGCAGACUGGACCCUGCUGCAGACGGCAGGAGGUUCUGGAGUCCACCGGGACCAGACUGUCCGCUCCACAUCAACAGAACCAGAGAUCCAGGGUCUCUGCUGCAGGUUAGAUUCUGACCCGCCUGCGGUGUCCCUUUAACGAGGUUGUUGGUUCAACGCUUCAUUGAAUGUAUGCGAUUCCACUACUGAAAGCACAGACACUAAUGAGCCCGUUCACUCACACCUUCAUUCUGUCAACCGGUCCGGUACCAGCGCCUCGUCUGACGGGUCCAAACUCAGCCCCGUCUGGCGCCUUGCUCAAGAGCUGCAGGAAAACCGAACGGUCCGAUUCUGCCGGCUGUGACUGGCCCGUUUCAGGCGUUCAGCUCCGUCGUCUAGACUACAGGGAGCCCGUGGUCCGGUUGGCAGAACCGUAAAUGUUCUGAAGAACCUGAGGCGGGAUCCUGCUGCUGGGCUUGCCGGUCCAGGUGGGAGUUGGAGCGUUCUGAUGACAUCAUCAUUAAAUUCACGCCCCCCCCCCCUGUCACCUGUUUCCAUCGCCUCGGUGACGGCCAAUAGAAUCCUGUGGAGCUCCAGAACCGGGCUAGACUCUUCACCAAUGGGCUGACCAGAGCUGUGGUUCUGGACAGACUGAGACGUCUCGAUGAGGAGCUGCUGACGGACCUUCAAACAGAACCGGGAUCGUCGUUGACCAUCUGAUGUUUCACCUGAGCAGAAGAACUUAUGUGACUGAGGUCAGCUGGUCCGACUGGACUAUCCAGAACCAAAUAGGAACCUCCUCAUAUUGACCCAGUUUUAUAAAAAGUUAUUUUGAUAUAAAGUUAAUCUGGUCUCCUCAUCAGUUUCGACCCGUUUACAGAACAACUCAAAGGUUCUUUAAUUGAUCUGUUGAUGAGGUCCAAAUGCCUACUGGACCUGAGUCAUGGUACCGGUGGAAAAGGGAUGGAGAACCUGCUGAAUUUCUGGGUUUUUGGUUCUGUCCAUAUCAGACACGUUACUGACGGUGAAGCUCGUCGUUUAGGUUCUGGUCCAGCCGUCUGUUCCAUCAGAACCACCAUUCAGAGUUGAACCCGAUCACGGAGAGUCGGACCUCAGCUUGGAGUGAUGAUGGUUCUGACCCAGUUAAAUAUUCAGAACCUUGGAACAGUUUCUCCAUCCAAUCCUAAAUAGUUCUGGCUCCAUCUGAACACCCUUACUGGGUCAGAACCUUUUACCAAAGCAGAGGUCUGGCCGCCAUGAUGCUGUCUGACUGCUCAGUGAUGAAGGAGGCAGGAAAAGGAGCCUGGAUGCUUCCUAUCAGGCUAGCCUAGGAACCUGGCAGCGUCCUCAGAACCGGGUCGUCUCUGGGUUUGUUGGGGGGGUGACGGCGCCGCAGAGUCUGUGCCUGGGGUUGGUUUGUUUAGUAUGAUCUGCAACGCCAACCUCCUUACGCUAAACAGUUUUACUCCAUCAUGAUUCGCUGAAACCGGAGACGUUUGGUCACCCUACCUAAGGAGCCUUAAAGGAGCAAUAAGUCAGAAAUUUACCGUAGAAUCAAACUAAAUCGUUCUCAUUGGUCACCCAGGAUGUUAGCAACAUUCCCUAGAAACAAUCCUCUCCAUCAACAGCGUCUUAGUCGCGUUUUUCUCCUCUCAAACCUGGCGGUACGGUCCAGAACUACUUCGGUUCAGGGUGUAGCCGUGUCUACUUCCUGGUUCCUCAGCCAAUCAGAUGAAGGUUCCCAACACAGAGCAGUAUUUGGUGUUUAAUCUUGGCGAAGAGCAGCAGCCUGCUAACAUGGAAGCUGAUAAGAGAAGCGGACCAGAACCAGAACCAGAACAGAAUACAGCAUCUGUCCUGUGGAGGCAGAAACUCAGUGGAGUUUCACGCUGUUUAAAAACGGCAUAUUGGAUUGUUGUGAUUAGGAAGCUGAUCUGAGCCUCAUGGGUCCAGUAUUACUUAUAGAUCCUUUAAGGUAUCCCACAAUCCUUUGCGUUCCAUGAUGUAUGCGUAGAACAGAGAGCGUCUCUUUGUAGCUGAUGUCCAGAAGGCUGUAGGCCGGAUCAUGGAGCAGGAGAUAGGAGGUAGGAGCUGUUAUUAAGGGUGUUCGGAUGGAGCCUUGGUGUCUCCCACCUCUGGAGGACUUCCUGUUUUCUGUCCAAUCAGAGCCCAGAGUACAGUGACACACCCUCUCCUGAGAUUUCACCUCUGGAUGGUUCUAGAGCGACAGGGUCUUAAGGUUCUGUUUAGCCCUUUGGACCUGCUACAGCGAUCACUUUGGAGCUGUGAGCCCAGCAGAAGGUUCUGAUGGCUUCCCUCUGGUUCUGUUUGGGAAAAUUCUAGGUCCAUGUCCCCGUUCCAGAACCAACUGAGCAAUAAGUCACUUUAACGAUUUAAAGCUUCUUGUUUCCAGAAGAGAUGCUCCUGAAAUUAAAUGGCAUGAUUUUGAAAGCGCCGCGUGAUUGGCUGGGAGCAGGGCGGCGCGUGAUUGGCCGGGAGCAGGUCAGCGUGUGAUUGGCUGGGAGCAGGGCGGCAUGAGAGGCUUUGGGUCUGGACUAGGAAGGAACCGUUUACCUCAGGCCCACUCAGGUGAAUCCUGGACAGCCGGGCGGAGCGAUGAUGACGAUGGUCAGAUUAAAGAGUAUUAAAGGUUGCUAGUUUGAUUUUUGCGACUCCAUCUCAGUUCAGACGUCUUUGUGCCUUUUUUUUGGUUUUUUUGUUUUGGGGGUGAAAAGGAGAAAAGCUCCGGUUCUCCUCCUGGUUCCUGCUGUCCUCUCCGCCUCGGCCUGCGUUCAUCGACACUUAGAGAACAUUUCAGAGAACAUACCUACUUAUUUCUAGUUGUGCCUUUCUGUGUCCGUCUGUCUUCAGUCCCCUCCUCCAUCAUGUCCUCGUCUCAGUUGGAAGACUCUUCGUGCCUUUCUCUGUCUCUUUUCUCUGCUGGGACCGUCUGUUGAGGACAGGCGGAGCUGUCUGUCCAUCCUGUGUGUUGGUUAGUUUCAGGUACUACAUUGAAUUUAAUGAUAAUGAUAUAAUAUAAAUAUAGUGAAACAUUGAA